AACUCCAGCCAUAUAAACAAAACCGUUACAUUUGUACCGUUGUUAUUUUUUGUCCGUUUCCUGGAUUCUCCAAGUCCGUUGGAGUUCAACCCUGGCGCGCAGGAGAGAGAGAAAUGGCACACAGUGAGAACCAACAGUCGUCCUUUUCUGAUAUAAUAGAAUUAAACGUCGGCGGGCAAUUGUAUGUAAGUCGACAUGCAACUUUAGUCUCCGUCCCAAACUCUCUCCUGUGGACUAUGUUCAUACAGAAGAGCCCUACAGAACUACCGAAAGACAGAAAAGGACGCUACUUCUUUGACCGGGACGGAUUUCUGUUCAGGUAUAUUCUGGAUUAUCUGCGGGAAAGGGACAUCGUUCUACCGGACUUCUUUAAGGAGCGGGGUCGGUUACAGAAGGAGGCAGAGUUCUUCCAGCUGCACGAGCUCUCACAGCGUCUGAGACCCGCGGUGAGUAAAGACAACUCUCUCGGGGACGAGCUGGGCGCCCACGGGGACCCGGAAGAGGCUUCGCUCGCGUGCGCUCUGGGUAGAAGCAGCAUCACCACGACCGCGGUGAGCAGCCCGACUCCGAGCCUUCGCUCCCCGUUCCAGAAGUUUGGCUUUAUUACCAUUGGUUACCGGGGCUCCUACACCAUCGGGAGGGAUAUUCAAUCGGACGCCAAGUUCAGGCGAGUGGCUAGAAUAACGGUUUGCGGAAAGACGUCCCUGGCCAAAGAAGUUUUCGGAGAGACUCUGAACGAGAGCAGAGACCCGGACAAACCCCCUGAGAGGUACACCUCCCGGUACUAUCUAAAGUAUAACUUUCUCGAGCAGGCGUUCGACAGGCUCGCGGAGGUCGGGUUCCGCAUGGUGGCUUGCAGCUCUACGGGCACGUGCGCGUACGCGAGCAGCGACCCGAACGAGGACAAAAUCUGGACCAGCUACACGGAAUACGUGUUCUCCCGGGACUGACCAACCCGUUACCGGCCGUUAGGUAGCUUUACCUGAGGGUACUGGGACAGUGACGUCACGUGACGCUCACCUGUACGCGUAGAGAGACUACCUGCAGAAAUGCGACAACUCCACCUAUCUUCUUUAUAUGUCCCGUCUGAUUGUGGGAAAGGUUAAAGGUUACUGAGGAUUAUUCUGAAAGUAUGGACAUAUUGGUUGUUGUUUUGCCUGUAUAAGUCUAAUGGAGGUAUGUUUCAUGUUGCAGACCAGUCUAUAUUAUACAGUUAUAGGACUGGUAUGUUUCACUUUGCAGACCAGUCUAUAUUAUACAGUUAUAGGACUGGUAUGUUUCAUGUUGCAGAACAGUCUAUAUUAUACAGUUAUAGGACUGGUAUGUUUCAUGUUGCAGAACAGUCUAUAUUAUACAGUUAUAGGACUGGUAUGUUUCAUGUUGCAGAACAGUCUAUAUUAUACAGUUAUAGGACUGGUAUGUUUCAUGUUGCAGACCAGUCUAUAUUAUACAGUUAUAGGACUGGUAUGUUUCAUGUUGCAGAACAGUCUAUAUUAUACAGUUAUAGGACUGGUAUGUUUCAUGUUGCAGAACAGUCUAUAUUAUACAGUUAUAGGACUGGUAUGUUUCAUGUUGCAGACCAGUCUAUAUUAUACAGUUAUAGGACUGGUAUGUUUCAUGUUGCAGAACAGUCUAUAUUAUACAGUUAUAGGACUGGUAUGUUUCAUGUUGCAGACCAGUCUAUAUUAUACAGUUAUAGGACUGGUAUGUUUCAUGAUGCAGACCAGUCUAUAUUAUACAGUUAUAGGACUGGUAUGACAGGAGAAAGCUGUUCUCAAUGUUUUUCUACUAACAUGCCGAUACA